AUGGAAGAAGAGAAGAAGGAAAAUGCAGUGACAAGCUGCAAGUUUGAUCCAUGUACUGCUGGUAGUAGCGAAAACAAAUAUCCAUGCGAAUGUUACUGCUUCAGACUUAGUCGAAACGAAACACCUCUAGAACCGAAUGUGCACUGUUUAUGCACAGGGGAAAACCGACGCUACGGCAUAAAAUACCGAUGCCGAAGGAAAGCGUUAACAUUUUUAUCGAACAUUAUUGAUGGGAAAACUGUAGAACAAUCAUUUUGUUCGAUUCACUCAGAAAUGGUUCACCAACAUCGAUUAUGCCUAGUUUGCUAUGCUUUCUGCACGGAGGGCGAACUGAAAGUAUGUAAUGAAUUGGGAGUACAACAUUGGAUGCAUGCUGAUUGCUACCAUUCAUGGAAAGAAGCUUGCUGUCAUUGCAAUAUUCUUUAUUCUGCUUCAUCUCAUUUUACGUUAUUUCCAUACAAAGACCCUCUGUUUGAGAAACUUGAAACUGUUUUUCCGAAAAUGACUAGAGGGUUGCAGUUGAACGUCUUAGCGCUUUGUGAGAAGGAAAACUAUUCAUGGUUAAUAUCAGAACUUGACACAUUUCAAUCUGUUCGCUCCAAUAGUUUAUCGUCAGAACGUCCGUUCUAUAUGAAAAGCCAAUUACUUUUACAUGAACUAUGGGAGACUUUCCGAGCCGAUAAAUCGCCUUAUGAACAUCGUAAGUACUAUUUGGAUAGCAUAAAGUUUGCAAUACAGUGCUGCGACCGCUUAUCUCUAUUAAUUAUACUCCAAUUUUUGGAUGUAACUGUAGAUGGCGAAUGUCUUCUUUUCGCUGUAGAAGCUAACGAUGCUUUCUCUGUAAGAGUACUUCUGCAUCACGGUGCUCCAAUUAGUUUUCAGAAGAAAUCGGGAGAAAAAAUUGAUUCUUUAAGUGUGGCAUUUGUACUUGGUAACUGUGCAUCAGCAGAAGAAAUUCUAAAAUUCUUAAAUUAUCGCAGUACUCGAAUGCAAGAAUUUAUGCGCAAUCGUUUGCUAGAAUUCAUUAACCACCAUGACUAUCGUGUAGUGGAUCUCCUCCUCGCUUACGGUGUCAACAUUUAUGAUCGUAGCGAAAAAGGAAAAUCAGUAUUCCACAGAAUGACCCAAAAUAACGAUCAGCAACUUGCUAUUGCAACUGCAACCAAGUUAUUUGAAAAAACAGUAAUUGUACCAUCUUUUAUUGAUGCUGAAGAUUAUCGUCAUCGUACUGCCCUCCAAUUGGCAUGUGCAAGAUGCCACUGGAAGCUGGCCGAAUUUUUCCUACAACACGGUGCUGCACCAAAGGGUUUGUGGACCGAUAUGAGAUUGCCCGAAUUUUUGCGCUCAUACAUUGAUCGUGUUGGAAGGGAGUUGAAAUUACGAAAGUUUCUGUCGGUCUCACGCAAAUAUAUCACACAUGACAUAACCAUGGGUCGUGAACGUGUCGCAAUACCUCUUGAGAAUGGCACAGAUGAUGGAGCUACGUUGGAUCCUAAUUUUGAAUAUGUGAAUGCUGUUGAUGAUCACGAUUCAUUUCAAACUCACAUCGACUUUUCACUGGCAUGUCGCUGCGCAAACGACUGUCAGGUUGAUUGUCCUUGUUUGGCCCGCUGUACGUAUGAUGCAGAUGGACAUCUUACUGGUCGAGCAGUAGAAUUGGCUGACAAAGCAGAAUUAGGUGUGCUACUGGAAUGCAGUUCAUGCUGCUUUUGUUCAAAUAAGUGCAGAUCGAGAGUUGCACAAAAAGGUGUUCAUUGCGGACUUGAGGUUUAUCGUACAAGGAAAUAUGGAUGGGCUGUGAGGACCUGUUCUUUGAUAAUGAAAGGAAGUUUUGUUUGUGAAUAUACUGGAGAACUUAUCUCAGAUGCAGAUGCAGAUAAACGCGAAGAUGAUACUUAUUUAUUCGAAAUUGUGGACGAAACUUCAGCCUACUGCAUAGAUGCAAAAUUCAAGGGGAAUGUUUCCAGAUUCAUCAAUCAUAGCUGUGAAGCAAAUUUGGUCACCCUCCGAGUUGUAUGGGAUGCAAAUAUACGUCAUUUACCUCAUAUCUGCUUUUAUGCUAAAAGAGAUAUUCAACAGGGAGAAGAAUUAACUAUCGAUUAUGGAAACCAGUGGUGGGACGUGAAGUUGAGGAAUUUUCCAUGCCAGUGUGGAUCGAAAUCUUGCAAAUAUACUAGUACGGUAAGAGAAGAAUUACUACGGGAUGGAUUUAUCACUGCAGAAGAAAACAGAGAAUUGGAAGAAUCUUUUGGUGGCAAGUUAUAA